AUGACCGAUGAAAUGUAUUGCAGGAACGUUAUGAAGUUCUGGCUGAUGUUGUGUUUGUUCAUCAUUCCAGCUGAUUCAAGAACCAGCAUAGCUACAGGCAAACAGAGCACAUCCAGUUUACCUGCUGAUGUUUGCUUCAGAUCAGAAUUCGGCAACGAUGGGAACUACUUGCAGACGAGGGAUUGCUACGCUUCCUACAGGACGAACGACACCAAUGGUGGAUUCUGGUGGAUGGUGGACCUUGGAGAUUCCUACUACAUCGACUACGUUGUCGUUUUCACUACACCAGGAUUAGAGUUUCAACUGUCCCAUUUCAUAGUCGGCCUGGCUAACACCUUGACCCCCGUCGUUAGGAACACCUACGAAGUGUGCGGACAGUACCAGGGGUACAUUUUGGCACCAGGUUUCUACCAGGUGAAGUGCAGUGCCAGCCUGCCAGCCUACAGAGUCAUCAUCCUGCAACAAUCUACUCCUAAUUCGGGCACGUUUGGUUUUGCCGAGAUGGAAGUGUUCGCCUCUGACGAUCCAGGUUCUAAAAUUUGGAGAAAAACUAGCAAAUAUCGUUUGUUGAAGACACCAACGGCAUCUAGAAGAACUCGCUCAGUGGCGGAAUGCGUGGUUGGAUGCAGCCUCCUCCGAUGUUACUCCAUGAACUUCAACGUCGCUCUGAGGGCCUGCGAACUUUUCCAAUCAUUGAAAGGUGUGGCUGCUCCCUACUUCCUCACCUCCGAUUCAGGUUGGGACAACUGGAAGGCUCAUCGCGUUUAA